AUGGCUCCAUUCCUUUUGUUUGUUUUCAUGUUUGCUAGUCAACUGAUUACUGGAUUCAAUGAAAAGCUACCACCUCCUUUAUAUGGAGACGCGAUACACGUUCUGAGCAUCGACGGUGGUGGUAUCAAGGGGAUUAUUCCCGCACAAGUUCUUGAUUACUUAGAGAAGGCACUUAAGGCUAAGAACGAAACUUCAAGUUUAGCAGAUUAUUUUGACGUGAUAGCAGGGAGUAGUACAGGUGGACUUAUGACUGCUAUGCUAACUAGCCCGCACCCAAAUUACCCCAGUAGUCCUUUGUUUACUCCUGCAGAAAUCGUACAGUUCUAUAUGAAUAAUGGCUCUGAAAUAUUCAAAAACAGAACUUGGAACUGGUAUUCUAAAUAUCCCAGAUAUGAUGGAGUGUUCUUACAUAAUAUAACUCGUGAACUAUUGAAAGAAACACGACUGAAUCAAACAUUGACGAAUGUUGUAAUCCCAACCUUCGACCUGAAGAAACUCAAGCCAGUGAUAUUCUCAAGCUAUAAGCUCAAGACACUUCCAAGAUUAAAUGCCAAACUCUCAGAUAUAUGCAUAGGGACUUCAGCUGCACCAAGUUAUCUACCACCCUAUUACUUUGAGAAUGAUCAUACUGAAUUCAAUUUGAUUGAUGGUGGUGCGGCAGCAGCUAAUCCGACACGGACUGCUAUAGGUGAAGUGAUACAGCACCAUAAUUUUACCAAAAUCCGUGUGCUAUCUUUAGGAACUGGAAUUCAAAAAGUUGUGGAGAAAUAUGAUGCUAAAAAUGCUUCUACUUGGCAAAGCUUUAGUUUGAACUCCAAACACGUUACUUGGUCAUCAGUUUCAUCAGAAAUUUUGAGUCGUGCUUCUUCAGACAUGGACGAUUAUUACCUUGCCACAAUGUUCCCAGGCCUCCAGCUUGAGGAUAAUUCCCUUCGAAUUCAGGAAUAUAACCUGGAUAAAUCCAUGGAUUCCCUUGAUAAUGUUACAAAAGAAAACUUGGACAAUCUUCAAAAUGCAGGAAAUCAACUUUUGCAAGAAAUAGUUAUGAAGAGGAAUGUGGAUACUUUUGACCUAGAGGAAACAGACCAGACAUAUGCUAAGGCUCUUGACAGCUGGGCUGAGAUAUUGUAUGAAGAGAGACAGCUACGUCUGAAAAGGAAAUCAAUGGAAAAAGGAGGAUGA